AGGCUGCAGGUAUUCUUCCUUCAUAUACUUCAUAUCCCUGACUGUGUCAUGCAAAUUUUAUUUUUUUUCUCUACAACACUAACUUGUUUAACCUUUGACAGCCAAAAUUGGGCCUGCUGUUGAACCAUUGGUUAGGGACCAACGUAAAGGCAAGGAUCCAAUGGAUGCAACUACUCAGACAAACACCCCCUCAGUUCCGAAAUUAAUGGCAGACUCUUUCGCAGCCGCGCAGACACAAGCACAGAGAGGAGCUACCACCCGUACCCCUGCUGAGACAGAGGUCACGGCGAAGAAGAGAGAAGAGCCUUCCACUGCUCCUGCUCUAAGCACAGACCUAAGUGAGUGGGAUAUCCCUCUCAGCCAAAUGGUUGGCCAAACAACAUCAAAUCCUUCAGGGCAGCUCUACCAAAGAAAAAGAAGGAAAUUACUCCUUGCUGCUGCUGAUGACGACGAUGCUUCCACUUCUCCUCAACACAUUCAUCAAAUUCCCAGUCCAAUCAGCAAUGUACCCACAGAACCCACUGUACAACCAACUCCACCACCACCUGAAGCAUCGCAACAAACUUCCUUACAACCUGAUUCACAGUCUUCGCCACAGCAAUCUACACAGUCUGCAUCACAACAUCCUUCCACUUCUCCUCAACACAUUGUCCCUUCUGUCUCUAGCCCUCAACCAUCACCAUCCAACCCCUCCAAUUCCCAAACGUCAAACAAAGAAUCACAGAGGAUUAAAUUUGACAUUUCAAUCAACAGUCAAUCCUCUCUAACAUAUGACAACACAAAAUCCCCUCAACCAGAAGUUCACCAUAACCAAGGGAUGGACAUAAUACAGGACUCAUCUCCACGACCAAUGGGCGAGACAGAACUUGAAGGUCCUCAUGACUUUCCCCUGUUAGCAGAACCAGAGAAAGAGCCUCAAGGCACUGAUGCUGCCAUUUCAUCAGUACCAGAAACAACUCGUCCUAAUGCCACAACCACAGCUGAACAAGGCCAACCGUCUGCGCGCACGUUAUCAGGACAGGAUAAGACCAAAAGAAGAAAACUUCAGACAGGAAAUUUAGCCACUGAUCUUUCCGUAGCCCACUGCAUUAAAUUCAAAGAGAAUCCUACAUACGACAUGGAUAAACCCAUCAUAAACCCAUCAAAAUCAUAG